GCCGUGCAGGAUCCCGUCCCCGGCGUACGACCAGGUAAAUAGUAUACUAGUAGGCCUCCCCGUUCUCCAAGUGCCUUUUUCCCCUGAAGCAGCUGGCUCACGGCUUUGCAACAUGGCCGGCGCCGCAUCGGAGACCAACUACUUCAAGUAUCCUGCCACGGCAAGCGAUCAUUCGAAUCUUGAAAUCGUUCCAGAUGCUGCAAUCGAGCCGGUUGGGAAGGAUCGGCCUGCUCCCCAAAGUAGCUGGCAACACCAGCAGCAACAACAGUACGGCCAGCUGGAAAAGAAUGAAUCGUCCCGAGUCCCCGGAAAGGAGAUCUUGGGCCUAUCCGUGCGAACAUUUUGGGUAAUCACCAUCUCCUUGGUCCUUGUCCUUGCGGGUGCGAUCGGAGGCGGAAUUGGUGGUGGCCUAGCAGCCUCGGGGCGAAACAGAGACCAAGACGACUCGUCUAGGUCGGCGGGAACAACUGGCGCAGAGACCACAGAGACCCCGGCAGUGACUUCGGGUACCGGAACAGUAACAAGAUCGACACCGACAGCAGCAUCGUCGCUGACAGCAAUCGCCGGAGCCGCCUCCCCGGCGCCCCGGGAUGCCGGAUGCCCCAACAUCAACGACCAGAUAUUUGUGCAACUCUGCAACACCAACUACCCGUCUGGCGCGGAGUACGGGAACCCCGGCAUUUACGACAUCCUCAAAAUGUACGUGCCGAGCCUGGAAGACUGCAUCACGGUGUGCGCCUACUACAACCGCCAGUACCAAAUCAAUGAAGCCAAGGGCGUUCCCAGAACCGGUCUUUGUAAAAGCGUUGCCAUCGUCAAAGCAGAGGGCGAGUACUGUUACCUGAAGAACGGUACUGGAAGAAAUGAUACUUUUGGUAAUCCCAAGGGCUUCACGAGCGCGGUGCUUAUUUCGUAGGAUAUAUUAGUAUCGAGGUAGUCGGAUAUGAUACCAGCCGAACGGUUGGACAUGUGUAGUUUGUAAGUAGGAUUGCUAGCGGACGGAGGAACCUGAAUAGCAUUUAUAAUCGUGUCCAAGUUCUCCACAAAACAGGUUUCGUACCUGGUAGCUUUUAGAGCUUCGCCGACUCCUUGGACAUGCCUAACCCGAGACAAGUCGCUGAGCCCAGAGUUCGAAUGUGGAGGGCCCUUGUCGAUAGCCGGCGAUACUGCUUCCCCCUUUUCCGCUCCUUGGGUUUCAAGUUUGAAGAGGUCGUGAUGUUGUAACCAUGCUAUACCCUUCUUGUCGGCAAGGCAGCGAGCCUUGCGACUGUCAAGGCCCAUAUAUAAUGCAGGCAAGUCGAGAAUUUAGAACCUCCUU